CAAAUGGGAUUCCGCAUUAUAAUUGCUGGGGAGACUCAAUGUUCUGCUUAUGCAGAGACGUGCCUUCUAGCGGAUUAUCUUUCACAAAAUCUUCCAAAUUUUUGUUUCCAUUGUAUUGAAAAGUCUGUUAUGGAAUGGAAAGCUUGGUUAUGUAAAGUAAACGUGAAAAAUAAAUGGCAUCAUAAAGAGUCACCUAUUGUUUGGAAAGAACUAUUGAUGAAGGGAAGUAAACCACAAUAUAUUGGAGGCGCAUCAGAUUUUUUAGAUUAUUGUUAUUCAUAUUAUAAUUUUGACGCACUAUUUUCAUCUGAGAAGUACGAUGAUUUACUUAACAAUAUCCUACAAUUUAAGAAAAAACUUCAUAUAGAAAAUAUUUUGCACAAAUUGGAUGCAGUCAAAAGGCCUACAUUAGAAGCUCCUCCUCAAAAGAAGUUUGUAAUAACUAUUUCUGGAGCCGGCCACUUAUUAGCUAUGCAUUUGAUAUCGGGCUUAGUUGAUCAUGCAAUAAUGGAGAGUGAUAAAACGAUUCACAAAAUCUAUUUGUAUGAUGAACGUUGUACUCCAUCGUUUAUGAAUUACAUUGAAAAAGAAUGUUCCUACGUCCAAACUGAUAACCCAGGAAGAGACAUAAAAUGUGUUAGUAAAAUUGGAGUUGCACUCACUAAUACGGACGUACUUAUCGUUUUGGACCACGAACCGUUCGAUGAGAGUAAACCAAUGGGAAUUUGGCUACGUGAAAAUAGAAAAAAAAUGAAAGAAUUGGCUCUUAUGAUCAAUGCUUCAGGAUCACGUAAAAUGUAUAUUAUUUUCCCCAAUUUGGGACCUGCUUGCUAUAAUGCUACAAUUCUGAGGAAUUCUGUUAAUAUUAACAAAAACAACAUAGUUGUUGCGACUUCUGACGUUGGAACGGAAAUUUUGCCAGUAGUAGCAAAAGUCGCCCAAGUGCCUAUGAGAAAUAUUUUUUGUCCUCCUGUGUGGGGAUUCAUCGGAAUAAACAAAUUAGUUGAUAUACAAACAACAAUUCAUAUGUACAACAGCUUCAAACCAUACAAAAGAUACUCGAGAGUAAAACAAUCAUCUCUGAAUAUAGGGUCUAUCACUCCCGAAAAGCGUCCUCUAGAUUACUUGAUGCGCUUUGAUGAAACUCUAUGGAUGGAAGUAGCUGAGAUGAAAAAAAAGUUUGGACAUGGACAAGCAAGAUUAAGCAAAGCCAUUGCCGUCAUUAGUUUGGUAAAUUUAUGGCUUCUAAAUCCGAGCCCUGACCAUAUAGUCUGUCUAGGCAUUUGUUGUGAUGGAUCAUUUGGAUUACACUUUGAUGGGAUAUUUUCUCAACCUGCAAGAUUCGUCGACGGACGGUGGGAACCAGCAACAGACUUUUUUAUGCCAAAGGAUCGCCAAAUGAAGUUGCCAUAUUUAAUUGAUAUGGCUAAAUUGGUAUUGGAAAUGAAUCCCGAAGAUCUACCAGAAAUUCAUCAAUAUUAUCUUUGUGGUUGUAAAAAGAAAACUUAUAAAAUUAAAGAUUAG